AAAUACCCCUACCACUACCACACGUCCACACUCCAUUCCCCAUUCCAAAUCUCUAAUCUUCUUCCACCAUCCCUCCGAUCUCUUCACUGCCGCGUGCAAACUCUGCCUCCGGCACCGCCAACGAACACCGCCUUCUCCGCCUCAUUUAUUCUCGUUGCAAGAUUUUGGAUUCGGAUCCGCAUAUGAAGCCAUGACAAAUCCCUCACCGGGAACGUCUCUCCUCAUCGUCACCUCUGUUCCACUGCUCGGCCGUCACCUCCUCUCACCGGGACCUUGCUUUCACCUCUGUUCCACUGCUCGAGCAGUCGAGCUUCUUCCCUUUGUUCUCCAGUGACCAGUCUGGUUCUCGCAACCUUGCUUACGACCUCCUCCCUCCUAAUUUCCAUUGCACCCUAGUUCGGCGCCGUCUGUCCCUCUCUCUCUCUCAAACUGCAGCAGCAGUGGUGCUCACUAAGCCAGCGUCGCCUAACAUUCAAAAUUUAGUCACCUCUGGAAGCUCUGCUCGGCCCUCUUCUCCUCUACGUCGUUGCGUCUGGCCCUCUUCUCUCUCGCACAUUGGUAGCUCUUUGACCCUCUUCUCUCUCGCACAAGCUCUUCUCCUCUGCGUCUCUGUAUAAUCGUUCCUCCUUCGCUAGCAAUUCUGUUUCGCUCCUACGUCGCCGUCAGUUUCGUGCCUCCCUCGCCGCGUGGUUUUGGUAUACUAGUAUCUCUGUUUCUACAUCCUUGUUGAUCAAGAAUGCAAUUUUUCGGAGGGUCUGAAAUCAGUCCAUCACCUCCUGUACCAACAGCUUCAGGGAACAAUGGCCAUAUGAUGUAUGUGUUCAAUAGGAAUGGUGUAUGCUUGCUCUAUCGGGAGUGGAAUCGUCCAUUGCGGACAUUGAAUGCUCAGCAAGACCAUAAGUUAAUGUUUGGACUUCUUUUCUCACUGAAGUCACUAACAGCGAAGAUGGACCCUACCAUUGCAGAGAAAGGAAACCUUGGUGUCCCUCAGUUGCCCGGCCAAGGUUGUUCAUUUCACAGUUUUCGAACUAAUACAUAUAAACUUAGUUUCAUGGAAAGUCCUUCCGGAAUAAAGAUUAUCCUAGUGACUCAUCCUCGAACCGGUGAUCUGCGGGACUCCUUGAAGUAUAUCUACAAUUUGUAUGUUGAAUAUGUUGUCAAGAAUCCGCUCUAUACACCCGGAUCUCCUAUUAGGUGUCAGCUGUUCAAUACAACAUUGGACCAGUAUGUGAGAGGCAUUGCCUAGAAGCUAUGAAGUUCCCAAUCACCAUUAUUGGUGAACCAUUGAUCACCAUUAUAACUAAACUCAUUAUUUUGUGAAGAUUUUUAAUAACUUUUUUUUAUCCUUUCAUCUAAAAUUGAAUCUUUCCUUUUUCUGUCCACCAAACCACCACGCGUAGUUGACUGAAUUCUACUAUAGUGUCCAGUCGUUAAUGUGAUCUUGAAGAUCUUUGAUCUUCAGUUGUUUUUGCUAGAGUUGCUGCUGCGAUAUUGAGCUUCUCUUGUAUCAACAUUCAACAGAGCUAUUGAUUUAUUCAAUCUUAUAGCAUAUGAUAUAUUCAAUCUUAAUUAGAUAUUGGCCCCUACCUUGGUAGCAAAACGCACACGUUUUGGGCACAUGGUUAAGGUGUAUGUGUCUCAGUAAUUACGUUAACCCUUGUCAUUCUUCAA